AUGCUUUUAGUCUACAAGGGUUAUUAUUUUGUUUGUGUUGUUUCACUAUUUGUGGGCAUCAAUACUUUCACUCUGCAAGUUGGGUUAUUGUUUUUUUGGUGUUGUUUGAGAGUUUGUGGGCAUGAAUGCUUUCACUGUGCAAGGGUUAUUGUUGUUGUUUUAUUCUUUGUGGUUGUGAGCCCUUUUGCUCUGCAAGGUUCGCAGUGGUUUUACGUUUUAGGGUUUUGUUUUCCUCCACGAGGUUGCCAUUGUGUUAUGCUUAUCUAUUAUAUUUUAGACUCUGGAAGGAAAGAUGGCAGUCAAACACAGAAGCGAGUUGUCAAAAUUAAUGAUCUGUCUGGAUCAACAAUUGACAUCAACCUAUGGGGUCCAAAGUCAAAACAAACAGGACUAGAAUUAAAAAACAUGUUGACCAGUGAUAGUGUUGUUAUCCUUGCUUUACGUAAUGCUUGUGUUGGCUAUUUCAAUGGAAAGGUUAUAAACAUAACAACUGCCACAACAUUACAUAUCAACCCACCUUUUCCAGAGACAGAACCUCUAACAUUAAGAGGAAAGGACCCUUUGCUUGAUGCACCCUUUCUUCCAACAGCUAUCCACAUAGAUGGGAAAUAUACUAGAAUGACUUUCUUCAAUCCGCGAGCGGAUGAGUCUUGUCCACUAAUAGUAAAUGGAACGCCUUGCAAAAAAAAAUGUACACAACAGGUUGACGAUUCUUGGUUAUGUCCUAGAUGUGAAAUGACCAUGCAGGACUACAACUAUAGUUACCUCUUACCAGUAAAGUUACAAGAUGCAACAGGUACUCUUUGGGCCACUGCAUUUGAUGAUGUUGGCAUUCGCUUGCUAAACAAAACUGCAAAAGAGCUUUGUGCACUGGAAAAUGAUGCAACAACAACAGAAACACCUUGCUCGGUGAUUAACAAGCUUGUGUCACAUCACUAUUCAUUCACACUCUUGGUGUCUACUGACACAUACAAUUAUGAAUCAAAGAUGAAAGUUGCAAUCAACAAAAUCUCCCCUGUUGACUACAAAUCUGAGUGUGAUGCAUUGCUUGUAGAGAUUGGUCGCUUAUGUAUAUAG